UUAAUUGGGUGAUGACAGCAUCAAAUUGGCAUUUUGGAGUCGAGUCAAUUGCGACCAAAUCAUCAUGAUUCUUCUUUAAUGGAUUCCCCAAUUUGAGUCAAGAAUCCAUCAACAUCCAAUCUCCACUCUCCACACACAUCAAUCUGCACUACCAAAAUCAACCCAUUCCCUCACUUACUAUUUGAUUCGCAUCGAUUUUCGUUUACUCAUCCAUAAAUGGAGUUGUUUGUAUCAUGCCCAAGACGAAAAGGAAAACAAAAGCUUCGUUCUCGUGUCCUCUAGAUCUGAGCUCCACUUCAAAUACGGCUACGAAAAUCUAGGGUUUCGAGGUCCGGUUAAAUCCUGUGUAUAAGUACAUAAUUUAGAGGCCGCAGCCGUUCAAGGUUUGGAUUGUCGAAAUCUGUGAAGCAGCAGUUUUUUCGAGUGUGGAGAGGCUUAUGGAAGCUGGAGAGAGUGGGAAACCGUGAUUAAUGUCUCUUAUGUUUCUGUAGUCGAAAAUUUUGGGGGAAUUUUGGUUGUGGUUGAAAAUCCCCAUGUUUGAUGUUGAGAUUGUUUAAGCCUUUUUGAGGGAGAAAUCUGUGUGUUACUUUUAGUUGUUCUUGUGCUUUCCUUUUGUAGCCCAUAAGUUUAGUUGGAAUUAUUGAACAUUUUGUUACCUUUCUCAAGUGUGACAAUUUUCUAUUGGAUUGAAAUUUAGGAGCUGGUUUAAUUGUAUGCAUUUCUAGAAGUAGUAAUAGACUGAGGUUGUCAGGGAAAUGGCGCUUAAGCUCCCCCCUGCUGAUGCAGCUAUGGUUGCCAUUCAGGCUAUUGGUCGAGGGUAUGAUAUUUCUUUGGAUCUUAGACUGAAAUAUUGUAAGGGUGAUUCGAGGUUGAUUGAAAUCGAUGAAGAUCAGGGUCGGGAGAUUGUCAUUCCCGGGGGGAUAUCUGUUCCUAAUGUGUCGAAGUCAAUCAAGUGUGAUAAGGGAGAGCGAACACGUUUUCGAUCUGAUGUUCUAACUUUCCAGCAGAUGUCAGAGCAAGUUAAUCAAGAGCUGUCGUUGACUGGAAAAAUUCCUUCAGGGCUCUUCAAUGCGAUGUUUGAGUUUUCUAGUUGUUGGCAAAAGGAUGCGGCAUACACAAAAACCCUUGCUUUUGAUGGAAUGUUUAUAACAUUGUACACGGUUGCGCUUGAAAAGUCUCAGAUGGUGCUUAAGGAUUAUGUGAAGAAAGAAGUUCCAUCUUCUUGGGAGCCUGCGGCAUUAGCAAGGUUUAUUAACAAGUUCGGCACUCAUGUUGUUGUUGGUGUAAAGAUGGGUGGGAAGGAUGUAAUUUACAUGAAACAGCAGCAUUCUUCAUCUCUUCAACCUGCUGAUGUGCAGAAAAGAUUGAAAGUGAUGGCCGAUAAACGAUUUCUAGAUGCAAAUGGACAAAAUGAGCAUGAUUCUGGCCAUAUAUACCAGAGCGAAAAGUUUGAAAUGAAGGAGACACGACUCAGGUUUGCCGAUGCUGGCACAUCAAGUUCGUAUUCGCACAAAGAUGAUAUUGUUAGCAUCUGCAAAAGGAGAGGUGGAAGCGACGGCGCAAAUUUAACCCAUAAUGAGUGGCUACAAACAGUUUUGUCAGAGCCUGAUGUAAUCUCAAUGUCCUUUAUCCCAAUAACAUCGCUGCUAAAUGGUAUUUCUGGAAGCGGCUAUCUGAGUCACGCCAUAAAUCUGUAUUUGCGCUAUAAGCCGCCAAUUGAAGAGCUUCAUCAAUUUCUUGAGUUUCAGCUUCCUAGGCAGUGGGCGCCUGUGUUCAACGAUCUUCCCCUUGGUCCUCAACGAAGACAACAAAAUACAGCAUCGCUACAGUUCAGUUUUAUGGGACCCCGACUUUUCAUCAACACAUCUAUGGUUGAUGUCGGCAAGAGACCUGUCACUGGUCUGAGAUUAUAUCUUGAAGGGAAACGAAGCAAUCGGUUGGCUAUCCACAUACAACACCUCUCCUCUCUUCCAAAUAUCUUCCAACUUGUUGAUGAUCCAAGCGGCAAUUUCUGCCAGGAGUCAUACGAUCGCCGGUAUUAUGAGAAGGUUCAAUGGAAAAAUUUCUCCCAUGUGUGCACUGCACCUGUUGAAUCCGAAGACGAACUCUCCAUUGUCACGGGGGCACAAUUACAAGUUGGAGAUUAUGGAUUUAAGAAGGUCCUUUUCCUUCGCCUCCGUUUCUCAAAUGUUAUAGGAGCUGUUUCCGUAAAGUAUCCAGAAUGGGAUGGAUCUCCCGGCUUGGCGCGCAAAUCCGGACUCAUCUCGACUCUGAUUAGCCAUCACUUCACAGCUGUUCAAAAACCACCCCCCCAACCAUCUGAUGUGAAUAUAAAUUCAGCCGUGUACCCCGGGGGUCCUCCUGUUCCGACCCAAACCUCUAAACUCUUGAAGUUUGUUGAUACAAUGGAGAUGACUAGAGGCCCACAAGACCCCCCCGGGUAUUGGGUUGUUUCGGGUGCAAGACUUCUCGUCGAAAAGGGGAGGAUCUCGCUCAAGGUCAAGUAUUCGUUACUUACAGUAAUUCAGCCUGAUGAUGAUAUGUCGGAUUAAGAUCUCAUCAAGAAUUUUGUUUACUUAGAAGUUGCAAGUAAUUUCCGAUUGGAUUUUAUAGCAUUAAGUCGCUGGAAGCGCCGUCAAGGUUACUGUCACCAGAGUGUUUUGGCUGAAUAUUCGAUUUCACAUUAAAGAACAGCCGUACAGACACUUGGCGCAGCUGUGAAUUAUAUUUGAAGAAUGAAACACAUUCUCCUCCUCCCGUGGCAAGUUUUUGUUUAUUAAACAUAGCUUGUGCUUCAUUGUCUGUAAUAUAGCUAGUAUCCAGUGCGAAAACCGUUACUUAGUUGAUGUUUUCCAUAAAUACGGUCAUUGUGAUAUGAUCGUAAGGAAUCAGAAUUCGACACGGCUAUUGAACCUAUUUGUCGCGAAGUAUUUUUUUUGCAGAAGCAUUUCUAUGACAGGAUCUCUUUUAGCU